CUAAUGUCUGGAGCUACCAAAGAUAGCUAAAGAGUAAUGCAAAUCAAUUCCCUCUAUGGCUCUCACCACUUCCUCACUAUCCACCUCAACACACAGGUUCAAAAAACCUUUAUCUAGUGCCAUCUUCAACUCUUUCUUCACCCCCAUAGCCUCAGCAAAAACAACCUCCAGGUCCAAACGCAAUUUCGAAGCCGCCGCAUCCUUAGCAUCUCCACCGAACUGGAAGUCGCGAAAAACCAUCCCAUUCCCCCAGCCUAUUACACCUUUCGCCGCCGCUUCCACAUUUAAUUUCCUCACCCCUGCCGGCGGUGGCUGCCGCCAUCUCCGACACCAGAGUUUCUGCGCAUCCCGCAGAAGCAUGGGUUCCCUCAGUGCCCUAGAUGGACCUCUGCAAUAUCCAUCUGCACGCAGAGACGACUCUGUCGUCGACGACUACCAUGGCGUCAAGAUCGCCGACCCUUAUCGAUGGCUUGAGGAUCCUGAUGCGGAAGAAGUGAAAGGGUUUGUAGAGAAACAGGUUCAAUUGACGAAUACUGUACUUGAAAAAUGCGAGACUAGAACGAAGCUGAGUGAGAAAAUCACCAAGCUAUUUGAUCAUCCUCGUUAUGAAGCUCCUUUCCGGCGAGCCGAUAAGUACUUUUACUUCCACAACACCGGGCUUCAGCCACAAAGCGUCCUCUAUGUGCAGGACAGUUUGGAGGGACAGGCAGAGGUUUUGCUUGAUCCGAAUGCAUUAAGUGAAGACGGGACCGUUGCGCUGAGCACAUUGUCCGUGAGCGAAGAUGCGAAGUACUUGGCUUAUGCGCUUAGUUCAAGUGGGAGUGAUUGGGUGACUAUAAAAGUAAUGCAUGUUGAGGACAAGAAUGUUGUGCCUGAUACUUUAUCAUGGGUCAAGUUUUCCGGUAUUAGUUGGACACAUGAUAGCAAAGGUUUCUUUUAUAGCCGCUAUCCCACACCCAAAGAUGGAGAAAUAGUAGAUGCUGGGACUGAGACGAACACUAACCUUUAUCAUGAGCUCUAUUAUCAUUUUCUGGGUACAGAUCAAUCAGAAGAUAUUUUGUGCUGGAGAGAUCCUGAAAACCCAAAAUUUCUGUUUGGAGGAAGUGUUACUGAUGAUGGGAAGUAUCUCCUCCUCCAUAUUGGAGAAGGGUGCGAUCCAGUGAACAAACUUUAUUACUGUGACUUUUCUAAACUUCCUAACGGAUUGGAAAGCUUUCGGAAUGAAAACGCCCUCCUCCCAUUUGUCAAGCUUAUUGAUAAAUUUGAGGCACAGUAUGAAGUCAUUGCAAAUGAUGAUACUGUAUUUACAUUUUUAACUAAUAAAGAUGCUCCAAAAUAUAAACUAGUCCGAGUAGAUUUGAAAGAACCAACUGCUUGGGCUGAUGUUGUCCAGGAGUCUGAAAAAGAUGUACUUGAAUCGGCAUGCGCUGUAAAUGAUAACCAAUUGAUAUUGAGUUACUUGAGUGAUGUGAAGAAUGUUCUACAAGUACGAGACUUAAAAACAGGUUCUUUACUUCAUCAAUUACCAAUUGACAUUGGCACAGUUUCAGGAAUUUCUGCACGGCGUGAAGAUAGUGUGGUUUUCAUUAGCUUUACUAGCUUUCUAUCCCCUGGUAUCAUUUAUCAGUGCAAUCUGGGAACAGAGGUUCCUGAUAUGAAGAUAUUUCGUGAAAUUGUUGUCCCUGGGUUUGAUCGCUCUGAAUUUCAUGUUAAUCAGGUUUUUGUCCCUAGUAAAGAUGGUACCAAGAUCCCAAUGUUCAUUGUUGCCAGAAGGGAUAUUAUUUUGGAUGGCUCACACCCUUGUUUGUUAUAUGGAUAUGGUGGUUUUAACAUUAAUAUUACACCAUCUUUUAGUGUUAGUCGCAUUGUACUCGCAAAACAUUUAGGUGUUGCUUACUGCAUAGCAAAUAUUCGUGGUGGUGGAGAAUAUGGGGAGGAAUGGCAUAAAGCAGGCUCCCUUGCUAAAAAGCAGAAUUGCUUUGAUGACUUCAUUUCUGCAGCUGAGUACCUUAUAUCUACUGGUUAUACCCAACCCAGAAAGUUAUGCAUUGAAGGUGGAAGCAAUGGUGGACUUCUUGUUGGCGCUUGUAUAAAUCAGAGACCUGAUCUCUUUGGCUGUGCACUAGCUCAUGUUGGUGUUAUGGAUAUGCUACGGUUCCACAAAUUUACCAUAGGUCAUGCUUGGACCUCGGAUUAUGGUUGUUCAGAUAAGGAGGAAGAGUUUCAUUGGCUAAUCAAGUACUCACCACUACACAAUGUCCGGCGACCAUGGGAGCAGCAUCCUGAGCAGUCAAUUCAGUACCCAUCAACCAUGUUGUUGACAGCUGAUCAUGAUGAUCGGGUUGUGCCACUGCACUCAUUGAAGCUAUUGGCGACCUUGCAGUAUGUCCUUUGUAGUAGCUUGGAGAAAAGUCCCCAGACGAAUCCUAUAAUUGGUCGCAUUGACUGCAAGGCUGGACAUGGAGCGGGUCGUCCAACACAGAAAUUGAUCGAUGAAGCUGCUGACCGGUAUGGUUUCAUGGCUAAAAUGUUACAAGUGCAUUGGAUUGAAUAAAGACCACUGAUCCGCAAGGUUGAGAUCAUAAUGGAAUAAUUUCCUUUCAGACAAUGCCUGUGAACUGUUUUAUUAUCUUUUCUCCACUUUUAUGAAGAAAAUAUCUUGAACAUGAGAGUUAGGGAAGUGAGGGUUAGCUUGUCAAGUUUCCAUGCUCCAGUCCCAACUGAAUUGUUUUUUAUUUUGAAUUCGGUUUACAAUAUUUUAAUGUUCGUUUAAAAACAUUGAUAUUUAAGUAUAUUUAGAUAUCAAUUGAAUGAAAUCUAUUUUCCGAUGUAACAAAAAAAUCAAUUGAAUGAAAUCUGAGAGGACUUUCAUCCCGUUCUAUUAGAA